GAAAAAGAGUCAAUGGACGAAGUGGGUCGACAGUUUAGGCAGUUUAGGAUCGUAAAACGUAAACAUUGUAAUGGAAAACACUGCAGAAAAUGAUACACCCGACGUUGUGAAGGGACUAACUGCUAUUGAUACUUCGCCCCAAGUUAUGUAUCCAACUCUUGACAGCCUUGCGACGAGCAAAGCCUUAAGAAUUAUGCCGAUGAAUGAUCAAAUAAAAGAGCUCCAGACGAUAAUACGUGACAAAAACACUAGUCGGAGUGAAUUCGUAUUUUAUGCCGAUAGACUAAUACGCUUGGUUGUAGAAGAAGGAUUGAACCAGCUGUCAUACUCAGAAUGUACUGUCAUAACACCAACAGGAUCUCCUUACAAAGGCAUCAAAUUCCUCAGGGGAAGCUGUGGGGUUAGCAUCAUCCGAAGCGGAGAGGCAAUGGAGCAAGGGCUACGAGAUUGCUGCCGAUCCAUCCGCAUCGGAAAAAUCCUCAUACAGAGCGAUGAAGAAACCCACGAAGCAAAAGUCGUCUAUGCAAAGUUCCCCGUUGACGUGGCAUCUCGAAAAGUGUUGCUCAUGUACCCGAUCAUGAGUACGGGAAACACGGUGAUCAAAUCAGUGCGAGUGCUUAAGGAGCAUGGAGUUCAAGAAGAGAACAUCUUUCUGCUGAAUCUUUUCUGCACUCCUCAUGGUGCAAGGCUGGUAAUGCAUGCCUUUCCCAACAUGACAGUGCUGACAUCUGAGCUGCAUCCAAUGGCUCCAAAUCACUUUGGGCAGAAAUACUUUGGAACAGAUUGAUUAUCACCCUUAUGUAUGUUUUACAAAAUGUUGGUUAUUUCUAGCUUUCUUCCAUAUGUGCUAUGUAGAGUUUUAGAAAUGUGUGCUGUGAUGACUCUUGAUUGACAAGAGCAAGCAUUUUAGUCAUUUAACUAAAUUAAAAGUUAUGUUUACC